AGUGCAUUAUAAACGUUCGUCUAAAGAGGUUCAAUUUGCUAAGCAUGUUCCAGCUGAAAGUUCUCCUAUAUUACGCAAUUAUCGCAAUAGUUAUAAAUGCAUCACCUUCAGGAUGCGAGGAGACAGAUCGUGUCGAAGCCUCGAAGCGCUGAUGCCAUUGAUCGGUCACAUUGCCCAGCACCAGGAACAGUGGAAAACCUGCAAGUUGCAAGAAAUACAGGCCCAACAGAGGGAUAUUGAAAAAGAAAUUGAAAGCCAGAAGACAUCGCUAACGGAAUCGUGGAAGAAGAUCAUUGCAGAGGAUAUCGAGAACAGAACCAAUAGGUCAGAACUUAAGAUGGAGGGUCAACUAUCUGACCUACAGGAAGCAUUGACUAGUAUAACGACGUCGCUGAAGAAUAUGUCUGCGAAAAUAAAUAUUUUACAUAGGUUCAAGCGAAUCGGAUCGAGAUAUUUGCACAUCGAAGACAUAGUCCAACAAAAUUGGACCAGUGCUUUGAGCGCAUGUCAAAAGAUGGGAGGUAAUCUAGCCUCAAUUAUAAAUGAAGCAGACUUUAAUGCUAUCGUUUCGCAACUAAGCAAAGACAACACUUAUAUGAUUGGCAUUAGUGAUCUGGCUGAAAAGGGCGUUUUCAUAUCUGUGUCCUCCGGAAAGAGAGCACCUUUUUUGAAAUGGAAUCCUGGAGAGCCACUAUACGAACAUGUAGAUCAGCGUUGCGUUUCUAUACAUAACGGUGGCAUGUGGGUUGCUUCUUGUACUUCUGAUUUCAAAUACAUUUGCGAGGCAAAUGAAAAUGUAUAGUAAACAGAUAUAUAUAAAUAUAUGUACACAUAUGUUAAGACUUGCAAUGUGAAACAUACAAAAAGAAAUCCAUCUUGUACAGAUAAUUCGUUAAACUUUUAUUUAGCCAUUGAUGUUUUGUGUUUUUAACAUUAUAUACUUGAGUAUCAUUUUAAUCUUCAUUUUUUUUUGUUGCAUUUCGAGUGCUUCGCACAUUCUAUUUAAUGACAAAUCGUGUGCGAAAUGUGCAAUAUGAAAUUGGAAUAAAUUGCCUACUUGAAAAUGCGUUUGUGAUGAAAAUCAUGUACCACGUAUAUAUCGUUAAUCGGUAUCAGGAUCGAUAUCUCUAUCGAUAACUAAGGCUAGCUCGCAGUGAGUGUUUCGAGUGUUUUGUGUGAGUGUAUAACGCAUCGUUCGCUUAAAGACCUAGACUUAAGACUAAACAAACAAUUUGAAACAAACAGCCUAGAUGGAAAACAUACUUCUCGUACAUCAGGUAGAAACAACAUCAGAGAUAAGAAUUACUCAUCUAUAGGAGUAAUAAUCCUAUGAGCUGGGUGUGGAGAGGGGAUGGGGGAGAUUCGUUGCUUGGUAAACUUUGUCACGCGUUAAGGUCCUUGAAACAGAAAAUAAUACAAUACACAUAAGAUAUGCAGUUUGCCAUGAGUUGGGUUGAGAUAAGCAAAUCGGUAUUCGGGUUGGACUGGAUCGCCUAGUGGGAUGGUGCCCCAUACGAGCUGCUGGGAGCAGAGGGUGCGGGCGGGGCAGCUGGAGCUCCGUACUCGGGCGCUGGAGGCGCCACACUGUUGGGAUAGGGUCCGGUCUCCUCCUUCUGGGUCUUGUAGCGGAUGAAGUACACCUCCGGCUUGCUGGGUUGGGUGGGAGCUGGCGUUGGGAUAAUGAUCUCCGGCUGCUCCUCCGGCUUCUUGACUAGCACGUACACCAGGGUCUUCUCUUCGUUCUGUGGGAACUGCGGUAUUACAGGGGCGGUCGGUACUGGUGGAGAUGGCGCCUUGAUGAAGACGAUCUUGUAGUGCUUCUGCGGAGGUGGCACGUAAAGGGGUUUCCUGGGAAAAUAUUUAAAAAUGUAUUUAAAUAAAGGUUCUGCUAUAUCUGUAUUUAAGGAAUUUCUUAGGAAUUCUAUGGGUAAAGUAAGACACCACAUCCUCAUAUAACGCAACUUUUUUUGCUUCCGGCUUGUAAAAAUUUACAUACUGAAUAAAAAAAUUUCAAUUACACACGGCCAGGCUGGAAUGACUUUCCACACUUCCUAUAACCUUGCCUUGUUGAACGAACAAAUACCGCGAUGCGGGAGAAAGGAGUUUCUCUUUGAGGUGCAUGCAAAUGGCAUGCCCAUAAAUGGUGACCUCCCGAAAAUGGUGACCUCCCGACAACGUUGAACCCACUGCAGCUGCUUGUCAGUUUUACUAAUCAGAUGAAGAUGAUGACUAUUGUGACGAUGACAGCGAUUGUCACAACAACCGCCUCGAGACGAGGGUUUACAUAAAGCUACCUAUGGUAAUCGAGUUCCUGUCCCUCUGCGCCUGAUAAUUUGCUUGGAAAUGGUACUGAGAUAUAUACGAGUACAAGUGCUGCGGCGAGCUUAGGUAACGUUUUAGUCACGGUUUGGCGGUCUGCAAAGCCAUAUCAUUCCCCUCUCGUGGUAAUUAACAUCGCUUCCAACUCCAAUUGAAAACAGACAGAAGACGACAGAAAACAUUGUAUCAGCGAAAAGAGAGGAAAGUUGGAUGGCUUUCGUUUUCGCGGGUAUUAAAUAAUGUUCCUCCUCCGUUUAAGCGACCCUCUAAAUACCCUGGAAAUGUGGCAACAGCUGUGGAAAAGGGCCCUGAGCUGGAUUAGAUGAUUGCCGGCUGGUCUCUUGCAACAUUUGUCUAGUUAUUAUCUUUGGGAGUUGACGGCACUGCCUGGUUUACGCCGAUGAAUUGUGAGAGAAUCUGCAUAAGUGCCUUGGAUUAUAUACUCAUAACACAACAAUGUGUUUUUUCCCCAUAUUUUUCCAAUCUUAAGUGGAACAAGACAAAUAAAGCGAGAUCGUUUGUAACCGCUCACAAUCACGCAAGUCGAAAAAAAAGUGUGCUGGAUAAGGGGUGUGAAUAAUUUGAACUGAUUACGUUGUGAAAUGAAAAAAACCGCAGGAUGUACGUUUAUAUUGUACGGCUUAUCAGAAGAAAUUCUCGAUUGUUCACUCACUCACUGUGUUGGGAGUGUAGUGCGAUUUCUAUUUUGUGAAACUAUGCAAAAU